GUAAAAGAGGCAAGUGUAAUAAUCACUUUUUAUUCACGUUUUGAAAUCAUGCAACGUGAAAUACGCUUAAACAAUGUGAACGCGCUGGAGGCUGAUCUAGUUGUACAAUCUUCCCCAUCUGCUGCAAGCAAAAUAUCACUUGAAGCUGAUUGUGGAGGUGUUUUGAGAUUAAAGAAAGUAAAGUCGGCAUCACUCACUGAAUUACGGUAUCGUGUUGAGUUAGACAUGAAUUCGGUAUUUUUGUGGCAAGAGUUGUUAGAUAAGUGUAAUAUCUCAGUCAAAAAUGCAAUCACAGGACAAUUUGAAUUAGUACCGGUAACUAUCGUUCUUCAUGGAGAUACUUCGAAAACUGUUUUACGUGCUUCUGAUCAUUUAUUGGGUCUCCUGCGAUCAUUUCUAGAGUCGACAGUUGUUCAUAUAUGUGCGUCACUUCUUACCGCCGGACUUCUCAUUGUUUUAAUAGCGAACUACAAAGGAUUCAGCCUUCCUUCUUAUUUCUUCGGCUCCUUUUCGACCUCUGAUUCUAAUGUCACGUAUGGAUCGUUUGGUAGUGAUUAUCCAGAACGGUGUCCUUCAUUAGCUUAUAAUAGUGGACAAAAUUUAUGGGAUUCACCAGAUAUGAGAUCAUUAUCCGGUCGAUCCAUUCGUUCAGCUGGAAGUCCAGGUGAACCGGUUCUUUGGAGUGUUGCGGACCGGUCGCAAACAUCACCAUACUUACGGAAGAAAUAUUGGUUGUGA